AUACAAAGUAAUCUCCUACGCUAUAUAGUAACCAGCCAUGAACGGAGAUCCACAUGACUCCAAUGAGUUCUCUAGUGAUUUCAGACCCGUGAGGCGAUUGUCAUCACAGGAAUUGAAGAGUGACAAAUCCUUUCAGAAAAUCAAACAACGAUCAAAGUUAUUGUAUCAACAACCGGAUCAACUGAGUCUGAGUACUUCGGAACAAACAGAGGAUUCUGUUAUAGGGGUUAAAAGAACUGGUGAAUCUUCCAACACAAACCAAUUACUGAAAAAGGCAAAGACUAUUGAAAUUCCAUCUGUGUCUAAGUCAAUUCCAUCGAAUCCUAGCAACAAAGUAGAUAAAUUUGCAAAGAUACGUGGAAUAAAAUUGACGACUUCUCAACCGUUUUCAGCCUUUCAAGAUGUUUCCUUCGGUGUAGAGAGGUCAAGUGAUCGCAUACGUGUCCCCUCAACUAAAAUUACAAUUCCUAAGGAUCCUAUAACUAAUCCUGCCAUAGUUUCGAAAGACGACUUAGAAACAGUAACUAAUGGUACUAAACCACUAAGUGUGUCAGAUGGCAUUGAAAAUGAUUUGGUUAAUGAUACGGAAAUAGAAGGUAACGGUGAACUUAAAAAAGCAGACUUAUCAGAUGUAGAUUCUGUCAAGAACUAUGUUUUAUCACAAUUAAUAGGUAAAUUUACUAAAGUCAGAGAAGCUAGUUUACUUCGUGAAAAGUACUCUGAAAUCUAUAAUAUGUUUGAGAAUACUGUUGUUCAUAAUGAAGGUCAUUCAGCCUUGUUAUUUGGAUCUCGGAAGUCAGGUAAAACUUCAUUGAUAAAUCAAGCUAUUGAUGAUCUUUCCAAAAAUUAUAAGGAUCAAUUUCUUGUAGUCAAAUUAAACUUUUUCAUCCAUUCUGAUGACAGUAUUGCCUUACGAGAAAUAGCAAGACAGUUAGAUAAAAAGGUGAAAGAAUUAAAUCAUAAUGCAGGAGAUGACAUUGAAUCAGAUUUAGAAGCAGGAAAUUUCGAGCAGAGAUCCAUAAAUGAUACAUUUGCCAAUAUAUUGUCAAUUUUAGACAAAGAUUUACUGACCCAAAUAUCGACACAAUCAAAGAUUCCAAUAAUAUUUAUUAUAGAUGAAUUUGAAAGAUUCACUAAUAGUAGUAAACAGACACUUCUAUAUAAUUUGUUUGAUCUUUCCCAAAGUAGUGAAACUGCAAUUACAGUUGUUGGUGUAUCUUCAAAAGUUACCACUAGAGAACUACUUGAAAAGCGUGUCAGAAGUCGAUUUUCACAAAGAAUUAUAUCGUUACAUAAGCCAAAUACUGUGGAAGAAUUCUGGGAUAAUGCUAAAUUAAAUUUACUUCUCGAUGAAGAAUUUAUCAAUACUUUAGUUGAUCCAAAGUAUGGUUAUCUGUGGAAUGAACUGAUCAACAAUAUUUAUGAAGGUAAGAAUAACAAUGGGGUAUCAUCACUCAGCAAAUUAGUUCUACAUAAUUAUUACACUUUAAAGAAUUUUGUUGAAUUCAAUAAUAAUUGUAUUCCAGUGAUUUCCGAAAUAAGUGAGAAUGAACCAUUUCCUUCGGAGUCAUCAUUCUUGAAGUACACCAAUUGUCAAGAAAUCAAUAAUCGACAAAGUAUUAUCAAUGCUCUAUCUGAUUUAGAGCUUAUGUUAAUAAUUGCUGCAGCUAGAUGUAUUGAAAAGUUUGAUCUUCCAACAGUUAAUUUCAACUUAGCAUACGCAGAAUAUCAAGGAAUGAUUAAAGAAUUUAAUCUUAAUACCACCACUGGAGUAAAUUCUCUUGAUAGUCGAUUCAGAACAAAUUUCAAAAUCAAUCAAAAAAUCUGGUCAUCCAAGAUAUUAAAGAAUAGUUGGGAAACCCUUUAUCGAUUAGGAAUUCUAUUGGAUUCAGCGGGAAUCACCACUAACAAUGAUGGUCACAUUAUAACAAAUGUUAAUUUAAACAAAAAUUUGAUUAUAGAGGAAAACAAAAUGGUCCAGGCAGAUAUUACUUUAGAAGAACUCAGUAAUUUGUUAAAUGAUCUGGUCAUAUUUAAGAAGUUAACUAAGUUAUAAUGAUGUUUUACUAUUACUAUUACUAUUGCUAUUAUUAUUAUUAUUAUUGCUAUUACUAUGUAUUUAUUAUAUAUAUACCCUUACUGGGCUAUUUCUUCAUCAUUCAAGAUAAC